UGGACUCCUGUCUCAAACUUGUGCUAUGGCUGCAGCGGUGUGGACUGAUCGGGGACGGAGGGCUGUGACUGUAGUGGGGACAGUGACGAGAUCCAGUCACACAGCUUUAAAAUCCCAGUAUGACGCAGUGGUCAUCGGAGGAGGACACAAUGGACUGGUGGCAGCUGCAUAUCUUCAGAAGGGAGGACUGAAGACAGCAGUGCUGGAGCGCAGACAUGUGCUGGGAGGAGCAGCUGUUUCAGAGGAACUCUUCCCUGGUUUCCACUUCUCCAGGUGUUCCUAUUUGCUCAGUUUAUUAAGACCUCACAUAUACGCAGACUUGGAGCUCAAGAAACAUGGGCUGAAGGUGUAUAUGAGGGACCCCCAUGCUUUCACCCCCAUGUUGGAGGAGGGGGUGGGAGGUGCCCCACCAAGGUCUCUCACCCUGGGCUCAGAUACGGCCAUGAAUCAGAGGGAGAUCAGCAAGUUCUCACAGAAGGAUGCUAAGGUGUUUCCAGACUAUGUUGCACACCUUGAUAAACUAGCAGGAGCCAUCCACCCUCUCCUGGACGCUGCUCCUGUAGACAUCCCAGGUGUUACUGCUGGAUCACUGAGGAAGAGGCUGGCUGCAGCUAAAACACUGAUGCCUAUUGUCAAAUGCGGUCUGAAACUGGGCAGAAACAUUCCAGACUUUUAUGAGAUUAUAAGCGCACCAAUAAUGAAGAUUCUCAAUCGGUGGUUUGAGUCAGAGCCACUCAGAGCAACUCUGGCUACUGAUGCUGUGAUAGGAGCCAUGACCAGUCCAAGUAAUCCUGGUAGUGGGUAUGUGCUCUUGCACCAUGUGAUGGGAGAGCUGGAGAAGGAGAAGGGAGCAUGGGGUUAUGUGGAGGGAGGCAUGGGAGGCGUGUCUCGCGCUAUUGCUAACUCUGCUCAAUCCUACGGUGUAGACAUUUUCACUGAGAAGGAUGUAGGACAGGUCCUGGUCGGUUCAGAUGGUGCUGCCAAGGGAGUGGUGCUAAAGGACGGCACAGAGAUCCACAGUAAAGUUGUUUUAUCAAACGCUACCCCAUAUGUCACCUUCAAGAACCUCACGCCACAGGCUGCUCUUUCUCCAGAGUUCAUCAAAGCUGUAGAACAGAUAGACUACACCUCCCCUGUCACCAAGAUCAACGUGGCAGUGGACAAGCUACCAAACUUCUUAGCAUCUCCCACACCAGAUAAUAAACCUGGACCCCACCAUCAGUGCUCCAUUCAUCUCAACUGUGAGAGUGUGGAAGUGCUGGAGACUGCAUACAAAGAGGCCAUGAAUGGACGUCCCUCAGCACGCGAUGCAGAAGGGGUCUGUGCAUUUGACUGGGUGGAGCAAUACGCCCCUGGAUUUAAACAGUCGGUGGUGGGGAGGGACAUCCUGACUCCACCUGACCUGGAGAGGAUCUUUGGGCUCACUGGAGGGAAUAUCUUCCAUGGAUCAAUGUCGCUGGAUCAGCUCUACCUAGCACGACCUUUGCCCUCGCUGUCAGACUACCGUUCACCAAUCAAAGGGCUGUAUAUGUGUGGCAGCGGCGCUCAUCCAGGUGGUGGUGUGAUGGGUUCUCCUGGCUGGAACGCAGCGCUCACUGUCAUGGCUGACAUGAAACGUCGCUGAAACAUGUGACAGCAUCAGCGUGUGGUCUGCUCAUCAGUGUUCGACCUCUCUUUUGUCUCACUUGUGUAAAUUUGACUGGUCUGAGAAAUGUAUUUCAACAUUCACUCCAACCAUCUGUCUGAUCUGUUCACUCCAUCAUAUUGUUUAUAACAAUAUCUGAGAAGAAAAAUGUUGAUUUAAUAAUACAGCUGACAUAGGAUGAAAGAGCUAAGGAGAGACUUAGCUUCUGUUUUAUUUAUAGACCGUCCAUGUAAAAAGUCCACCAGUCAGUCACUCCUGUUAUCAAACACUAGUGCAAUACUGCCGCACUAAAUCCUGUUGCGACGUCACUUAUGAAGUCAUCGAACUGAGCCAGCAGAAAAUCACUGAUAGCAAAAAAACAUUAAUGUUUAGGACAGUUGCAUUUUUAGAAUAACUGAUGUCAUAAUGAACUGUUAAUUUAACAGUGAAAAUAAAGCACAAUGGGACGUUUUACAACUUUGUAUGAAUAAAUUUACAUGAAUUCAAGCAUA